GUUAUUAUUAAUCACCCACUGACUCACUCACUCACUCAGUUCUUCUUCUUCUUCUUCAUUCCCAUAAUCCAACCGCCAUGAUACCCUCCAUCAACGGCGAUUCUUUCGCAACCACCGUUAUAAUCAAGAUCGCCGCACUCUUCACCGUCGCCAUCACUUUCUUCUGCCUCGGUAAAAACUGGUCCAUCAACAAUCAACAACUCAUCUUCUUCACCGCCACCACAACAACAAUAUCCGAUCAAGUCACCACAUCCCCUAAUUUCAACAAAUUCUCCAACAUCUCCGCCAUAAUCAAUCAUAACCAAACCCUAAAAACACCAGAAGAACCACUGAAAAUCAAGAAAUUAGGAGUCCUCAAUGAGGACGGAACAAUGUCGAAUGAAUUCGAGAUUGGGGAAUUUGAUCCGGAUUUUGUGGAUGAUUCGGUUAACACGACACGAGUUGAUGAUUCAAAUGAUGAAUUGAAAUUUACGGUGAAGAAGUUUACGUUGUGUUCAAGUAACAUGAGUGAUUAUAUACCGUGUUUGGAUAAUGUAGAGGCGAUUGGGAAGCUGAAAUCGGUGGAGAAAGGGGAAAGGUUUGAGAGGCAUUGUCCUGUUGCUGAGAAACGGUUUAAUUGCUUGGUUCCGCCACCUAAAGGUUACCGUUCUCCGAUUCCAUGGCCCAAAAGCCGCGACUUGGUGUGGUAUAAUAAUGUUCCCCACAAUCGUCUUGUGGAAGAUAAAGGAGGUCAAAAUUGGAUUACCAGAGACCAGGAUAAGUUCAAGUUUCCAGGAGGUGGCACCCAAUUCAUACAUGGAGCAGAUCAAUACUUGGACCAUAUUUCUAAGAUGGUUCCUAACAUCACAUUUGGUCAGAAUAUAAGAGUUGCACUUGAUGUUGGCUGUGGUGUAGCUAGUUUUGGGGCAUACUUAUUGUCAAGAAAUGUCAUAACCAUGUCCGUUGCUCCCAAGGAUGUUCAUGAGAAUCAGAUCCAAUUUGCUCUUGAGCGUGGUGUCCCAGCAAUGGUGGCAGCGUUUGCAACUAGACGUUUAUUAUAUCCAAGUCAAGCUUUUGAUUUGAUACAUUGUUCGCGCUGCAGAAUUAAUUGGACUCGAGAUGAUGGUAUUUUGCUGCUUGAAAUUAAUAGGAUGCUAAGGGCAGGAGGGUACUUUGUCUGGGCUGCCCAACCAGUUUAUAAACACGAGCAAAAUUUAGAAGAACAAUGGCAAGAGAUGCUUAAUCUUACUACCCGUCUUUGCUGGAAGUUUUUGAAAAAAGAUGGCUAUGUUGCAAUAUGGCAGAAACCCUCCGACAAUAGCUGCUAUCUAAACCGUGAGGCAAAAACUAACCCUCCACUCUGUGACCCAAGUGAUGAUCCAGACAAUAUCUGGUAUGUUAAUUUAAAAGCAUGCAUCUCCCCAUUGCCUGAGAAUGGAUAUGGAGCAAAUCUUACCAAAUGGCCUGCACGUUUGCAAACUUCACCUGACAGGCUUCAAAGCAUAAAACUCGAUGCUUUCAAAUCCAGAAACGAGCUUUUUAAGGCCGAAUCAAAAUAUUGGAAUGAGAUAAUAGAAUAUUAUGUACGUUGUUUACAUUGGAAGACAACGAGAUUAAGAAACGUUAUGGACAUGAGAGCUGGUUUUGGAGGAUUUGCAGCUGCAUUGAUUAAUCAAAAUCUUGACAGCUGGGUUAUGAAUGUUGUUCCUGUUAGUGGCCCAAACACCUUGCCUGUGAUAUAUGACCGAGGCCUGAUUGGAGUUAUGCAUGACUGGUGUGAGCCAUUUGAUACUUAUCCAAGAACCUACGAUCUUCUGCAUGCUUCAAACCUGCUUUCUGUUGAGAAGAAAAGAUGCAAUGUCUCAUCAAUCAUGCUUGAGAUGGAUCGGAUACUUAGACCUGGUGGAGUAGUAUACAUCGAUGAUACUCUUUCUAUCAUGGAUGAGCUUGUGAAGAUUGCCAAAGCUCUCGGCUGGCGAGCUGCAUUGCGAGAAACAAUUGAGGGUCCACAUACAAGUUACAGACUCUUGGUUUGUAACAAGGACCUACCACAUGGUUGAUCAGUCAGGGUUAUAAAACUCAUACUCUUAAUUUUUACUGCAGCUGCAAUGGGGAAUUCAACACUCGACACAAGUUUAGGACGAUGCAAGUGUAAAUAUCUCACUUCCUUCCUUGUAACUGUCUAGAUUUUAGAGGCAAUGAAUGCUAUUGAUUCUUAACACCAGAUUGCAAAAGCUGAUUAGGUAUAGAUUCAUUUGACUUUUGUAAAAUUUAAUGUGUAUUACAAAGUUUAAGCGGGCAUCUAUUAAUGUCUAGAUUCAUUGUAGAAUUGAUGUAUCUAGACUAUAAUAUAGUCUAGAUACAUAAAUUCUACGAUGAAUCGAAAAAGUAAUCUUUUUCUUAUAUAUAGAACCGGAGGUUGUAUUUUUUAGAUUCAUUGUAAAAUUGAUGUAUCUAGACUAUAAUAUAGUCUAGAUACAUAAAUUCUACAAUGAAUCGAAAAAAUAAUCUUUUUCUUAUAUAUAGGACCAGAGGUAGUAUUUGAUACUCCAACUGCACAGUUCUUAGAUCAAAAUUUUCUCGUCCAUUCACUUCAGAUCAAAAUUUCCUGAUGAAAUUUUCUCAUCUUCAUUAUUGCUUUGUACAACAUCAUUGUCUUCAUCUCUCACUUUGCAUUUUCCGAUCCAAAAUUUUCGCACGCUUUCCUUUUUCACCGACCUUCCGCAUAUCAUCACUCUUGAUCGAACGCUUUUGAAAUCAAUUUGUCUGAAGUUCGAUGAUGUCGUUGGUUUCAGCACCUUCUACCUUCUUUUCCACGACCUCUAAUUGUUCUCCACCAUAUGGAACCUUGCAUUUCCAAUUGACGCUAUAAUUCUCUCGCCGAUACAAUCAAUUUUCUAUCAUGUAUCUCUUCAUUAAGAACCGUAAUCUUUUUACGCUCACUCUCUAUUACCUCCAUUUAAUCUUCUAAAUAACUUUAUAUGUAUCCCUAUAACCUAGCUUAUAGUCAAAUUAAUUUUUUUUCUUCUUUUCAAUUUGCUUUUAUGAUAUGUUUAUUUGAAAUUAUCAAAGCAUUGUAGUCAAUUUGCUUUUGAUGAUCUCUUAGCCUAUACUUGCAAAUCUAUUUGUGAGGCACGACCAAGGCAGCAGGUUUUAACAGAGAAAGGUCAAAACUAGAAGAAGAUUAAAGAGGGGUUUUAGUUCUGGCAAUCGACACGGUGAAGAUCGAGUUGAGUGGAGUUGGAGGAAAUCAUCACAUUCUAAUGAUGGUUGUUUAGAAAGGUUUGUAUUCAAUCAGAUUUUUAUGAUUUUCAUCAUAUACUCAGAAUUUUCAUGAUAUACAUUCAACCAUUGUUGAUAUUGAGUUCUAUAUAUACAUGUUCAUUUUUUAUUUCAA